UUGCUUGGUUCUUCUUGGAAACAGUAUGGGAGUAGCCUACAAUGGCCUAGGUAUGGGAGGAGAGUAUACUUGUAACGUUCCAAACGUGAUGGAAGAUAGUGAAGAAGUUGAUACCAACAAAAGAGGAGGAAGAGUCACCAGACUGGUGAUGGGAAUGGAAGUAGUUGGAAAUUACGCACCUUUUAUUCCACAACUCAUCAUUAUUGCAACAGCUUGUCGCAAUGCUUAUGUCGAUGGUUUGUCUUCUGGUUGCAAGUAUCAAGUAGUCACACGAGUUUCAGUCGCUGUAACAACUCUUCCAGUCCUUGUCGUUCUUAUCUAUCGCACUCGAUGAAAGACUCACAAAUGUAUCUUCAAGACAGAGACUGUCACAAGAGUCGUUUCGACGGUUUAGAUUUUUUUCUUUUUAUACGCCAUUUUGCAUUCAGGAGCAUCGGCUGUAUUACUAUGUGGUUCCUUAUCGAUUGGCUACACUAUUCAGGAGGAACUUUUGGCAAUCUUGUUCUGCAAUCCGUUUUAGGAGUCUCCUUGUUCAAAGCUGUCUGGUUGUCCCUUGCAGAAGGAGUAGCAUGGGCU